AUGUCCAUCAGCAAGUCCGUCGAGCGUUGGUCGACACGGCAAAUUUGCAAGCGCCUCCCACCACUUUGGACAAUAGCGCUCGCGCUGACCACCGUUGAGAUUUUUGCGGGCCUAAAAAUCAUUGCGACGGCUCUCGGCGUUAUCUCGCCGUGCAUAAACAUCGCGCCGCUCGUCGACUACAACACGGCGUGGAUGGAGGAUAUGCUCCACGGUUCGGCCGACCCGGCGGUGGCCAUUUGCACCUUCUUCGGCUCCGCCUUGCUCUGCGUGGGCACGUCUGCGCUGGUCGCACUGAGUGCACGCGAGGCAGCCACGCGACACGGCUGCACCAUGUUUGGUGGGAUCCACACGCUGCUCGCGGUCGGAUGCGUGAGGUUCGCAGCGCUGGACGGCCUCUUCCCAAACGGCUUCUACUACCACGGCUUCGCUGCGGCUCUGUUUUGGGCACCCAUGCUCGAUGCCGCCAUCGGGAAGCGCCUGCGGAGCCGAUACCUGCCUCCGCCCGGGAAGAUUUCUGGGCGAUCUGGCUCGGGCGUGCCUCGCACUGGCAAGCCGUGCGCCGGAUUCAUCCCGAUCAAGUGCCCCGUUGCCGACAUGGUCGAACCGGAGCACGCCUUUUCGCCGUCGAUGUUUGUGGAGCGGCAGACGCAGCAGGGGCGUUCGGUCGGGCUCUGUGUCGACCUGAUGGCGGCCUCCGCGAGCGGGCGUCGCCUCUACGCCACCGACGACUGGGACGACUGGGACGUGCGCUACGAGAGCCUCGAGGUCGCGCCCGCCGGCAGCCUCGGAGCACCACUCGUGGAGGUCGUGCCGAGCGAGGCGAGCGUGAAGGAGUUUGUGGGCCUGGUGGGCGGGUUUUGGAAGGAGGCGCGGAACGCCAAGCUCCACGUCGCCGUCCACUGCCUCUCCGGCGUCAACACGACCGGCUUCAUGAUUGUGUCGUACCUCGCGCAGCACGCCUCGCUCGCAAAGGCCCUCGACGCGUUUGCCGCGCGACCCCCCGGAGUCUACUCGCCGCCGCUGCUCGAGGCGCUCUGGCAGCGGUUCGAGUCAGCGGUGCCGUCGCCGGCGACGUGGUCGCCGCCGCAGCCGCCGCACUGGCACAGAAUCGCGACGCGGCCGCUGGUGGCCAAGCCCGCGGUGCCCAGCUUCGGAGGCGGCUUUGGCGGCAGCGGCGGCUUUGGCGGCGGCGACGGCGGCGGCUUUGGCGGCGGCUUUGGCGGCGGCGGCGGCGCCAGCGGCGAGCAGGGCCCUGCGGGAGAGAGCCGGAAGCGCGGGCGGGACGAGAUCAGCGGUGGGGCGGGCGGCGGGGCGGCGGCGGCGGGCGGGGCGGCGGCUGGCGGAGGCGGGGGGCCGGCGGCGGGUGCGCCGCUGGCCAACUUGCCCGAGGCUGCGAUGGUCGACGGGUCCGUCAAGCCGGCGGUGGCGCUGCCCGCCAACUGGCUGGUGGUGUGGAGCAAGUCGAACAAGCGGUGGUACUUUUUCGACACCAAGCGCAACUCAAGCGUGUGGGAGCUCUCCAAGGUGAGGUGA